AACAGCAGCGUGUCUCAGCUUCAUCUUGACAUGUCGGUACCUGUCGGCUCGGUACCCGUCCAGUCGGUGCCGGUCCCCUGCCUUUCGUUCCGGCAGCCGUUUGCCGGUCUGGUUCUGGACGGAGUGAAGACUGUGGAGAGCCGCUGGAGGCCGCUGCUGGCCCCGAUGCAGAACCAGACUCUGGGGAUCCACAUCGCCCGGCGGGACUGGGAGGGGGAGGAGUGGCGGGCGGUGUUGAGCGGACCGCUCGGCAUGAACCGGGCUCAGAUUGAUGCGCUCCUGGAGUCCGGAGAGAGGUUCGGCCGUGGAGUGGUGGCAGGAUUGGUGGACGUGGGUCCGACCUGGCUUUGUCCCGCCCACCUGUCCGAGGCGGAGCUUCGGCCUCUGGAGCGCUCGGCUGUUCUGAUUGGUCUAGAGCAGAAACACCUGACUCACCUGUCCAACCCGCGCUGGCUGACGCAGCCAAUCAGCAGCCGCGGGGAUCGAGACCUCUGGACCGUGGAGAUCCCCGCCGAACUGUUGCCAUGACGACAAAAACAAAGACAUCUGGCAACAACAAUUAAAAAAGACUCUGGACUCAGUAACAGGUUUACAGACUGUCUGUGGUGUCGCCCCCUAUGGGUCAGUAACAGGUUUACAGACUGUCUGUGGUGUCGCCCCCUAUGGGUCAGUAACAGGUUAACAGACUCUGUGAUGUCGCCCCCUAUGGGUCAGUAACAGGUUUACAGACUGUCUGCGGUGUCGCCCCCUAUGGGUCAGUAACAGGUCUACAGACUGUCUGUGGUGUCGCCCCCUAUGGGUCAGUAACAGGUUUACUACAGACUGUCUGUGGUGUCGCCCCCUAUGGGUCAGUAACAGGUUUACUACAGACCGUCUGUGGUGUCGCCCCCUAUGGGUCA